CGCUGACGACGGGUGUGGCGUGUGGCGUGUGUCUGGGUCCGGUCGGAAGGGUGAUGGAGUGAGAGCAUCCGCGGAGCUGCUCCCCACGCUCCUCACGUCAGGCUCUGAUUUGAGGGGCGGUGGAGAGCGUUCACUUUUAGUGCGGGAUCCUGUUGGUUCCUCCACGCGUCGUGGCUGUUUCCCCGCAGUGCGGGGCCGGGUUUGCGUCUGUUUUGUUUACUGUCAUCCUGAGCACCGGCACGUGGCAGGCGCUCCCGACAGGAGCUGGGCGGGGUCUGGAAAGAGCUUUGGAGCCAACUCUACCAAGGUUCCAAACUUGGCCCCAUGCAUUACCAGCCUGGUGGCCUUGGGCAAGCUGCUUCAUCAACUUCGCACUUUGGCUGCCUCAUUGGAAAGGGGCUGUAAUACUGCAACCUUGCUGGUCAGUGGAGAGGGUCAGAGGGGCCGUGCCUCUGGAUCGAGCUAUGGUGGAAGAUGUUUCGGAAAGGGAAAAAGCGACACAGCAGUAGCAGCUCCCAGAGUAGUGAAAUCAGUACUAAGAGCAAGUCUGUAGACUCCAGCCUUGGGGGGCUUUCUCGAUCCAGCACUGUGGCGAGCCUCGAUACUGAUUCCACCAAGAGCUCAGGACAAAGCAACAGUAAUUCAGAUACCUGUGCAGAAUUUCGAAUAAAAUAUGUUGGUGCCAUUGAGAAACUGAAACUCUCCGAGGGAAAAAGUCUCGAAGGGCCACUAGACCUGAUAAAUUAUAUAGAUGUCGCCCAGCAAGAUGGAAAGUUGCCUUUUGUUCCUCUGGAGGAAGAAUUUAUUAUGGGAGUUUCCAAGUAUGGUAUAAAAGUAUCCACGUCAGAUCAGUAUGAUGUUUUGCAUCGGCAUGCUCUAUAUUUAAUCAUCCGGAUGGUGUGCUAUGACGACGGUCUGGGGGCAGGAAAAAGCUUGCUGGCUCUGAAGACCACAGACGCGAGCCACGAGGAAUACAGCCUGUGGGUUUACCAGUGCCACAGCCUGGAACAAGCACAAGCAAUCUGCAAAGUUUUAUCCACCGCAUUUGACUCUGUAUUGACAUCUGAGAAACCCUGAAUUCUGCAGUCAAGGGGAAGUAGACCUCACGUGCAAGUUCAGCU